AUGAAAGAUGCAGGUGGUUCUUACCCCAGGUGUGGGGGUCUGAAAGAUGCAGGUGGUUCUUACCCCAGGUGUGGGGGUCUGAAAGAUGCAGGUAGUUCUUACCCCAGAAACCUUAUCAUUAAGUGUGUCCCCGUCUGCAGAGGAGACGGCGUUUACCAGAGAGGGAUGGACUUUAUUUUGGAGAAACUGAACGGAGGAGAAUGGGUUCACAUUUUUCCUGAAGGGAAAGUCAACAUGACCCAGGAAUGUAUUCGGUUAAAGUGGGGUAUCGGUCGGCUGUUAGCUGAGUGCUCCUUGGAUCCGAUCGUCCUGCCGCUCUGGCAUGUGGGGUUGGGGGACGUUCUGCCGAAUGAGACGCCUUACGUCCCUCGGGCUGGAAAGAGAAUCACCGUCCUGGUGGGAAAACCGUUCACUGUUACCGAGCUUGUUGAAUCUCUCAGAGCCCAAAACAAGAGCCAGAUGGAGAUGAGGAAGACGUUGACUGAUCUGAUCCAGAGAGAGUUCUGGAGCCUCAAAGUCCAGGCCGAGGCGCUUCACAGACCGAUUCAGACCAGAUCCUGAUCCAGAUUAGAUCCUGAUCCAGACCAGAUUGAGUCCCAGCCGCCAUGCCUGACUUUGUGUGCGUGCGUGCGUGUGUGUGGUG